AUUGUCACACUAGUGCGUGAUGUAGAACGCGCUGGUCUUCAGCAAAAGAUUUGGUUAACCCUGAGCGAACUGGAAGAAACGCACUUUUUAUGUUAACGAGCGAGGAAAGAAGCAUGGGUGACCGGAUAAAACCGCUGAAAUUUCCAAGAGACGAUUUCCUUCCACUAGAAAUGGAUGUAGGAAAAGAAAUGGUGGACGUUCUUCCAAAACUGCCGGCCCGAAAGGAGGAUAUCUUUAUUACCUCAUAUCUAAGAUCAGGCUCCACUUGGACUGGGGAAAUUAUAUGGCAGAUUCUUCAUGAUGGUAAAAUAGACGAGCGACGAUUGGAUGAACGAAUACCUUUUGUGGAAGGGAUUAUUCUGCCUAUUAGAUCUUAUCCCUAUACUGUAACAGACCCCGAGUCUGCCAAGAAAAUGUUUACCAGCUUCCCUGAGCCUCGCGUAUUCAAAACUCAUCUUCCUUAUUGCUUCGUCCCUAAGGGCUCUGAUGAAGCUAACAAGCCUCGAUACAUAUAUGUUGUGCGCAAUCCCAAAGACGUGUUUGUGUCUCUUUAUCAUCAUCACCGCAACAUGCCUUAUUUAGUGGAAAUUCCUUCCUGGGACGAGGCGUUCAAACGUUUUAUCACAGGAGACUUUACGUUUGGUUUGCACUUUGAUCACGUGUUAGGCUGGUGGGAACAAAGGGACGACCCUAACAUUUUGAUUCUUACUUAUGAGGACAGAAUAAAGGAUCCAGGAGAUGCUGUUGACAAGAUAGCAAAUUUCCUUCGUAAAAAGAUCUCCCCUGAAACACGUGACCUUAUUGUCAGACAAACGUCUUUUGACGUCAUGAAGAGCUCCAGUCACACCAACUUUACUUGGUUUGAAGGAAUCAAGGGGGAUGGCUUUAUUAGAAAGGGUCAAGUAGGAGGAUGGAAAGAUUACUUCACUGAAGAACAGAAUGAGUUGUUUGAUAAGGUUUUCAGUGAAAGAGUUGGAGAUGGUGAGACUGCAGCUCAAUUAAGAGAACUGCUGUCACUGUAGUAGCCCCGAAAUGAAACAGAAAUUCAAAUUGAAAUAACAGACGCGCUUUGUUUAAUGAUUAUGUUUGUACGCAAUGAGCACCCAUUAGGAAUUUAACCCAAAUGUUGAUGAUAAAAUUAGCAGUAUGGGUUGGGAUUAUUAGAGAAGAUUUUAAAAAUGCAUGGACCUUUUAGCCUGAGGAAAUUUUUUGUUUUUAUAUCAAAUUUAAUUUUAGUAAUAACACGCAGAUUGCAUAAUGUUGAGCCUGUUUAGAAGUUUUGCCUGUUUAAGACUCAAACUCCCAACACCGUACCAUGCUUGGCCCCACAUUCCCUUCCGGUCUAUCGAUUCUAAAUCAAGCCAACCUACUAGUGCAACAGCAACAGAGUACGACGACGACAGGUGACAACAAAGAAGGUGUGUUGAUUUCAGUAUAAUAAAUGAGAAAUACAUGGGCAUUGGUAAAAGUAGUUUUUGUUUCAUAUUAUUUAGGGCUUCACCUGAAACGUUCUCACAUAUACAAACAAACGAACAAAAGAUAAAAGAAAUAAAAUGAAAGCGUAAUGAUUAGAAAAAAAAUUCACUCAAUGAUGAUGAAAUACAUUGGAUUCUUAUUGGGUGUAUCCCACUUGACAAUGCAUCGCUGAUUGGGUUAAUUAAUUGCUGUCGCAUUUGAGAGACUUAGUCCUCAGAGAAAGGCUUUUUUUUUCUCACAACGACCGUUUCUGAGAAACCAGAGUUAUACUGCACGUAUAUGUGUUCAAGACUGAUAAACUGAUAAGUGAAAACUGAUGCUAAUAUUUGUAUCUGAUGUUAUAGUUACGUACUAGGUCCGGAGGAAUGCGACACGGCUUUGUUCGAAAAGAUCAAGUAGGAAGAUAAAAACAUAACUUUGUCGGAAAACAGAACAGUUUUUUUGAUAAGGCAUAGGUUAAUCAAGUUCAUUUACAAAUAAAAAUUUGCCACCAACAUGGAUGUAUGCGUGGAAUUUCAUUAAAGCGGAGGUGCUUGUGAGUUUCAAUUUUCUUCCAAUCAAGGGAUAACUUAUCUUGUUUCAACUUUGAUGGUAGGGAAGAGAGCAAAGUGUGGGAAAGAGGAGCCCAGUUCACUUGCAAAAUUCUUGAGGAAGGCUGGUGCAAUAACACUAGUACAGAUUAUUUAGAAAAGUAAAUUAUUAACUGACAUGACUUACCCUUCUGCUUAACGUUGACAGCAAUCUUAAAGAAGUAAAAAAAUACUUGGAUUGUCCAGUAAAUGGGAAAUAAGUGCUCUAAGACUUUGGGGCAUUUACUGGCUGUUAGAUCAAGUAGACAUUUUCUUGAUGAACAGUUGGGGAUAUAGCCAUGCUGUUACCAAUAUAAUGGGAAAUUUGAAAUGUUAAGCAUCUUGAAUAUUUAAAAAAUAUACAAAUAACAUUCUUUAAUAGUGAUAACAGAUGUACAGUAAUGGACAAUGCAACCAACUUGUACAAGUAAAGGUCACUGCUUCCUACAAUAUAAAUUUUACUUUGAUUUUACCAAACUGUCACUUGUAGGUGAGUCACAUGUUAUCAGUAUUAUGUGUAACUGAGGAAGUACCAGUAAAUCCCACAGGAAUUAACUCAGUACGUACAGAUUUGUAUGGGAGUGUUGUCAAGCCAAAGAACAGUUAUCAUUAACACAGAUUUUAAUCAGUACCCUUACUAGCACAAAGGAAAUUAUGUAGGGGCUAAAAUUAGCACACUCACUUAACACCUUGACUGUACCAGUGGCACAAAAGGCCCUCUUUACAGAGGCUUCAUAAAAUCUGUCAUUUAAAGAUCACAUAUAAGUACUUGGGGUAGAACAACAAAGUGUAGCUACUUGAUGCUGGUCUGAAGCUUCCAAGUUGAAAUCUGAUUCAUCUUCUGAUAAAACAUACAGUUCUGGCUGUUGGUCAUGAUGCCAUCUAAGAGGGACAUACCUCUGUGUGAGGUGGUGGGGCAUGUUUUUAACUCUCAAAAAAAUUUAAUUAAUCCUCAUCUUCACUUGGUUCUCCCUUUUCAAUUCUGUUUGCCAAGUCUUUUACAAGAAACUCCAAGGAAUCAUUCUCUGUCAACCUUUUGACUGAUUCACCCUUUUCAGCCAAGAUAUCUUCAAUAUUUCUGUAAAAUAUCAUUCAACAGGCUUAAAGUAAUAAUUUAAUCACAUGGACCAUUCAAGCUUGACUUCAGGUGUGAUUGCACAUGUAUCUUGCAUAUGUGGGUAGGCAUUGUAUCAACUCACUCAUUUGUGGAUUUUCAUUAUUACUUUUAUAAGGGAGUUAAUGACUGAAAUUAAACUUAAACCGACUUUCUAUGUGUACAAAAAACUGAGACAACGUGAAGGUGGUUUCUGAAUAAGAAAAAGUUGAUUUACAAUCAACUCACAUGGUAUGUACAUGUACAGUGUAUGCCGUUUCGAAGAGACUGUGCAUGAUCUCUGAGGAUUAACAUAUUCUGACUUUGGAUGAAUUGUCUCAUCUAGUACAGAUGUACUUUUGGCAAAAUGAUUGGAUACCAACAAAACAGAGGUAAUACACAGUGUGUAUGGGCAGUGUGGAACCAGUGGGAGGUGGAUGGUGGGCAGCAUUAGUGGUACUUUCUACUAAUAAGCUAAUAAGAAUGUGCCAAAGGAUGGGGUCACAUUUUCAUGACUGGGUUGAUUACCACAGGUUUUCAUUUUCAAUAGAGUUGCUAGAAUGGGGUUGAACCUUAUUGGACA